ACUCGCUCAAGUAGGCGCCGCUGCGGUGCGGUGUGCUUUUUGGUACGAUAUACAUAUGUUGUUGUUGUUGUUGAUGCUUCUAAGACAAAUUAUAUACGAAAUCAGAGCAAUGCGUUUUACGCUCAACUUUUACCUCGAAUUUGUCAACCGAACCGAACAACGUACGCCGGCGAUCGAUGCCAACGCCUUUGAUCACUCCGCACGAUGCGCGAAAAUUUGCAUUGAUUUUGCGAAUUUGUAGUGCGAAAAAGCGUAACAAUUCGCAUAUAAAAUGAUAAUGCAAUUCAGACAGGUCAAACAGUGCAACCGUAACCCUCUUAAGAGGAUCAACGCAGUGAACGAACAGAGUACAAAAGUGUAGUGUCUGUGUUUGUGUGAAAGAAACAAAAAGUCACCUUAGUUUUGUUCGGUCAUUUUUUUUCCACAAAGGAUUACUUCAGUUUUUACGCCAUAACAAUGCGCUCCUUCGCUUUACUCGCUUGUUUGGCGACCAUUGCAGCCGUCAGUGCCGCACCACAAUUACGAUAUGACUAUGGAGCACAACCAGCGGCCAGCAAUUUUGUGUCCUCAGCACGGGGUGGUGAGAAAUAUUUGCCACCGGCCACCACAACACAACCGCCCAGCGUACACAAACAAUUCUACACGAUUUCAGCGCCGGCGGAUGAUAAUGAAAAUUCUAAGCCAAAACAUUUGGUCAUCGGGCGCCCACAGAGGAACUAUCGUGUGGUCUUCAUAAAGGCACCAGGCUCUGAUAACUCUAAUCUCAAAUUGUCAGCCGAAUUUGCACCACAGGAAGAGAAGACUGUCAUUUAUGUGCUCAGCAAGAAGGAUGAUGAGCUGACAGCCAAUGACUUUGCCACACCAGCGCCAACAGCGCCCAGCAAACCUGAAAUAUUUUUCAUUAAGUACAAAACACCAGAGGAAGCAGCAGCUGCCCAAAAGGAAAUUCAAGAGCAAUACGACAAUCUUGGCGGCACAUCAGAGUUCUCCGACGAAGGAGUUGCACCCAGUAAAUCCGUUGUGGGCUCCCUAGACGGUUUAGCAACGAAUGGCGGCUAUGAUUAUCGCAAAGUGCAGAACGGCGGCGAUUCACCGAUUAAAACUUUUCUACAACCAGCGCGAUUUUAUUUCUAAGCAAACCAGCAUUUUGUUAGAUGAAUUAUUUUGUUAUAAAUAAGUUGUCUUUCCAGCAUUUCAGUAAAGCUUUCACAGAAAUA